ACCCAAAUUCAAGUAUUGCUGUUAAGUUUUUUGUGCCCGCCAAAUUAAUUCGGUGUUAUUGCCAAGAUCGUUUUACUUUCGUUUGUGUUGUUUUUAAAAAUAAAAAGUUCCGUCUCGUCCUUGAUGUAUUUUUAAAUUUUUUCUUUGUUUUUCUUGUGUUGUUACUCCGUUGCCAAACGUCGCACCAACAUUGCCUGUCAGCAUGAUUCUGUCAUAUUUGUCUUUCCAACCGUUGUUAUUUUAGGUUAGAAUCAAAAUGUAUCGUUUAAUCUUCUAGUUUAUUUCUCCCAUAAACAGCGUUUUCCAUUAUAAAUCAGCAAAAUGAAAGUGACAGUGACCACAUUGACUGACUUUAUUUUCGUCCUCGACGUCUCCGAAGACUUGGAGUUGGAAAAUUUCAAAGCAUUUUGUGAAGUGGAAACAGGGUUUCCGGCCACGGAAAUCGUCAUCGCCUACAAUGGAAUGCCUUUAAUGGACAACAAAAAGUCGCUGAAGGAGCACGGGAUCCGCGACGGUGAUGCCGUCUGCCUCCAACACAUGCUGCAGCAUGGGGCUUCACAGAGUUCCUUUGAUUUGCAAGGAGUUCCUAGACUCGAUUUCAGCGGGAUCCAAGUUCCCAACUCUACCAGAGGUAAUCAGGUGUCUCCAGGACGCCCUUCUGAAGAUGACCCUGUGCUAAUCAGGGACAUGUUUUUGGCAAAUCCCGACCAGUUAGCGUUGCUGAAGCAAAACAAUCCGCGGCUGGCUGACGCCUUGCUGACUGGUAACAUAGACACUUUUGCUUCUGUUCUGCGGGAGCAAGUGCAAGCGCGCCAAGAACGUGAGCAACAAAGACUAAGAAUGUUGAAUGCCGAUCCGUUCGAUACGGAGGCUCAGCGCCUCAUCGCUGAAGAAAUCCGUCAAAAAAACAUCGAAGCAAACAUGGAGGCUGCCAUGGAGUACAACCCCGAAUCAUUCGGGACAGUCGUUAUGCUUUACAUUAACUGUAGAGUUAACGGCUACCCCGUUAAAGCCUUUAUUGACUCAGGUGCUCAAACUACCAUAAUGUCCAGCAGUUGUGCAGAAAGAUGUAACAUAAUGCGGCUGGUGGACACGAGAUGGGCAGGAAUCGCGAAAGGCGUCGGGGUGCAGAAAAUCAUCGGGAGAAUUCACAUGGUGCAAAUCCAAAUCGAGAGCGAUUAUUUGACGACCAGUUUCUCCGUACUUGAAAACCAACCCAUGGACAUGCUGCUGGGGUUGGAUAUGCUGAAAAGACACCAAUGUUGCAUCGAUUUGCGCGCAAACGUCUUAAGAAUUGGGACAACAGGGACUGAAACGAAAUUUCUUGCCGAGUCGGAUUUGCCCGAGUGCGCCAGACUGAGUACAAUUAGUGAAGAAGAUGCCAUUUCUAGGUCGAUCAAGGAGUCGGAAGACCGGCAGCUGCAGGAAGCUCUGAGGAAUAGUCAGUUAUCAAAAAAACCUAAAAGGCCGAAAAGUAACGAUCCCACUUCUGGGAGUUCAGUUCAGGGUGCCAAAGUCACUCCAGCGCCAAGCAAUACUCAGCUUUUACCAACAGACAAAUUUACCGAAAGUGACGUUAAAGAACUGACAGGUUUGGGUUUCUCGCGGGAACAAGUCAUAUCUGAGUUGCGUGCGUUUAACGGUGAUAAAACACAAGCGACUGCCGCAUUGUUCGCAAAAUCUUUAAAAUUUUAAGUGCAUUUAAACUGGUCACACGUUAGCUUUUCUAGACUAGGUUUUGAUAUUGUGGUCGAUAAUAACUCUUAAAUUGACAUAUCUACACAAAAUUUGGGUUUUUAUUAUUAUUGGCUGGCCCAUUGAACGUCGUUUUACGUUUCCUUAUAAUAGUGCAUCUUAAGACUGUAUAUUUUGCUCUCAAAUAUUAUAUUAACUCAAGCAGAAAAUUGCACCACUCCACAGCCUUUUUGGUGGACAGGGAACUGUAGAAGCCAUAGCUCCCAAGUUACGAAUUUUUGAACUUUAACCUAAUCCGCAAAUUUGUUUAAAAGGUUUUACGAAUUAAAUGAUUCGUGUAAAUAAGUUUCACAAAUGUUAUUUAAAACUGUUGUAAAACACCAAAUUACUUUUUUAAGUAUUCAGAAUUUUUUCUGUAGAUAGGGCAUUUUAAAAAACUCCCUUAUAACCCGAGUAAAAGACUGUAUUUUGUAAAUAACUUUUAAAAUAUACAUUUAGCAUAAAAUACAGUGGUUUAAGUAAGUUUAAGUAAUAAAAGUUCCUGGACGUAAAAAGAACAUCUAGGCAUAAAAUAUAAACAACUUUAAUUUUCUUUUCGAGAAUCUUCCUACAAUAUUUUAUAAAGUAGGUAAUAAUAAUUUAUUAAAUAUAUAAUAAAAAGAUUUUUUAAAGCUUUUGUUCAUUAGGCUUUUAUAUUAUUAAGAGUUACGUGUGAAAACGCAGUUUGCUGUCCAUCACGAAGGCUGUGCUUUUUUUUCAAAAUAGUCGUAAGUUUAGCGUAUUUUCUGGUUGUUUUUCCGUGAAUUUCUGCCGAUUUUAACAUAAUUUUUGUGAAACCCGCACAGAGCACUUCAUGUGCUCACGAGGUUGUAGUACUGUUUUUCAAACAUAAAUAUGUAUAGUGGGUAUCUGCAUUGGUAUUGAUAUUGAAAGUGGGACUUGUGUUAAUAAAAAAUAUAAUCUCAA